GUAAAAGUGUUAUACCGCCGUAUAACAUUGAAUAUUCUGAGCAAACAAAACAAAGAAUAGAAACGAACAAAAAACAGUCAGUAACGGAGCUUGAAAAAGAGCAUUUUAGCUCCACAAAUUAAUUAAAUUUAGUGCCAAAAUAAGCCAGUUUAAAGUAUUCUUAAUAAUAUUUCAUUAGACUUAAGGCUCAUUUAUAAAUUGUGAUCGAUUUAAUUAAUCAAAGCAUCAAAUUUUGCUUGCAAAAUGCCUCUUGAAUGCUGUAUUUGUACGGAUGUGCUUGUUAAAGGAGAAACAACAAUAUCAAGUACUCCUUGUGGACAUGUCUAUCAUACACAAUGUAUCUUCGAAUGGAUAAACAAAUGUGAGAAUGGAGCAAAUUGUCCCGUUUGUAGACAAGCUUUUCCGUCAUCUGAAGUCGUUCCUUUAUGUGCAGUUUCUGAUGAGGAUAUAACAGCUAUCGCAAAAGCCAUUUCUGAACGAGUUACAAUAGAAGAGAAUAAUCAAAGUCCAAGACCAGUAAUUCAGACAAAUCAACAGCCAAUUCAUGCAAUUAGACCUACUGAGCCUAUAGAGCCACUCAGUAAUUAUUACAAUUACGACACGGAAAGCAGCAGCAGUGAUGAUUAUUACGAGGAAGAGUCACCCAGUGACCGAGAAAGCGAACACAGUGGAUUUAUUAUUGAAACAGAGCCAGCUAAUUUCGAAUGCGACAAUUUUGAAGAUCCUGAUGAUUCGGAUCAAGGCGAAUUAAUUGAUGACUUUUAUGAUUUUGAUCAGGAUGAAGGAGAAUUAACUGAUGAUAUUUUUGACGAAAAUAUUAAUGAUGGUGCUAUUAGUGAAGCAGAAAGUUUAAAUUCCGAUGUUGGUGGUAAUUUAUUUGAUGAUUAUCAAGACAACGACGUUUUUGAUGAUGAUCGAAUUGAAAUUGAUAAUGUUAUUAACGAGGAAAAUGUAUUUGAUGAUGAUUGGAAUGAUGUUUCCAAUGAUUGUUUUGAUUUUGAUGAUGAUUCUAAUGAUGUGUCCUAUGGUUUUUCCGAUGAUUGUAUUGAUUUUGAUGACGAAAAUCGUGAUUUUGAUGAUUGCAUUGAAGAAUGGGGUGAUUGAAGUGUUUUAAUUUGAUACGAACAUUCAUGUUCGACAGACUUAUCGAAAGUAUAGGGAUGUUAUUAUAUGUACGUUCGAAAAAUUAAAAUUUGAAAAAAACUAUGCAGUUUUUAGUCAUUUUACUAGAGUUUUUGAUAGUUUUAAAAAUAGAUUUAGCUUUAUUUUGAUUAUUAUCAAAUGAUUACAUAAUAUUUUAAUCUAAAUUUUAUAUAAAAGUUGUUUAAUUUAAGUUUAUAUUUUUUCGCGAUUUUCC